AUGGGCCCCAAGAAGAAAGCCGCCGGUCCCGGUGGUCCCAAGCCCGGUACCAAACAGGCCAAGGCUGCAGCUGAGAAAGCGGCGGAGAAAAAGCCUGUCGCAGAGGAGCCCAAGAAGCCGACCGUGAAAGAGGUGAUUGGCGGCGCAUCAUGGACGGGCAAGUUGCCCGUCAAUAUGCUGUCGGAGCACUGCCAGAAGCAGAAAUGGGAGAAGCCGGAGUACAGCAUGAGCAAAGCCGCUGAUAGAAGGGAAUCACAACUGCAGAUUCAAACCCGUGACGGCUAUGUGUCGGCCGUGACGUUGAAGAAAAUAGACCCCAAGACCAAAGAAUUGAUCGUCCUCCCUCCGAUGAAACUACCUCCAACGCAUAAAGAGCUGGCCGCCCAGCUGACGGCCCUCGAAGCUCGCCAUUUUGCCGCUGCCUUUGGGCUCUUCCGAGUGUGCAACAUGCGCAAUCUCCAUAUGAUGAUGCCGCCGAAAUACAAGAACCUGUGGCGGGAAGAGUUUGCGCAAAUCAAAGUUGCAGAGACAAAAGAGGGCAAGGGUUGGCUAUACGAGGCGGAUCCCUUCCUCGCCAAGCAGGAACGCGAGAGUGCGGCAGCGGAGCUGGAAAAGAAGAAGGCAGAACGCGCAAGGAUGCAGGCGAAGGAGAAGGUCGCGGGCCCUGAACUUGGUUUGGGAAGUGGUGAUGGCAAGGGCAAGCGGAUUUGGUCGCAGGCACCCAAGGUGGAUAUGGGAACGCGCAUUCGACGUGAGAUUGAAGGACUUUUGCGGCAGCAUACUGUCUGGAAUGCGUAUGGGGUAAAAAUCCCCGAACGGGAAAAGAACAGCAUCGUUGAGGAAUUCUCUCGUUUGGGCUUCAGGCGCAGCCACGUCGAAGAGGCAGUCCUCGAAUGCAAAGACCGCGAAGAGGUGCUGGAGUGGCUGUUGGUCUACGUCCCGGAGGAUGACCUGCCUCAAUGGAGCUUACCCGAGGGAUACUCGGCCGGCGUCAGUCUCGCCGCUGGUGAUCUCGCUCGAGAAGCCAAGAUCAAGCGUCUGGCCGCCAUUGGCUACCCAGCGGAUCUCUGCUCGCAGGUGCUGGAUAGCAAGAAUGGCGAUGAACUGGCAGCCGCGGAGUCUCUGCAGGGAACGCUCGCGCAUGGAUCCACAUUUGCAUCGACCUCAAUCCCCGAGGGCGAUGCUGGGGCUUGGUCUGAAGAACAGGAUACCCUUGAGGCCAUCUUUGGUGAACGCUACGUGCGUGUAUCCCUCCGGGUCUGCGAGAUCAAGAGCGAGGCUCCAGAGAUUCCCGAGAACACCGUGUUCCGCUUCCAGGAGCCAUCUACUCAUUAUCCCACGGCGCCUCCAGUCAUUUCCAUCCAGGCCAAGGGAAUUCCGGCGUACAUUCGGCUCAGCGCAAUCCGUCAGGCUGUACAGUACGCUGAGGAAAACUUCUCUGGCGAAUCCAUGAUCUUCAACAUUUUGGAUUGGCUAGAAGUCAAGCUGCCUGCUAUUAUGGCCAAUCCCGGCAAACUUCGCGAUAUCUCUUCGGUCAGUUCCUCUGCCGCCACAGAGACUCGAGAUAUUCCAGUGCGGUCACAUCGCAAGCAGCGCAAGGGUAUUGAUUGGAAGCUACACUCUCCGCAGAGCCUGGCCAUCCGUGAAGCAUGGGAAGCGAAGCAAACCACCCCGGCGCAAGUUGAGAUGUGCCGGAAGCGAAAGGCCCUGCCUGCAUGGAACACUCAAGAGGACAUCAUCUAUGCCGUGGACAAUUACCAGGUGACUAUCAUCUCCGGAGAGACUGGUAGCGGUAAGAGUACUCAGUCGGUGCAAUUCGUGCUAGAUGAAAUGAUCAGACGUGGACUUGGAAACGCUGCAAAUAUCAUCUGUACACAACCACGCAGGAUUUCAGCCCUCGGACUUGCAGACCGAGUCAGUGAUGAGCGGUGCUCAACUGUUGGCGAUGAGGUUGGAUACGUGAUUCGUGGCGAGUCAAAGGUCAAGCAGGGUGUGACCAAAAUCACUUUUGUAACGACCGGUGUCUUGCUGCGUCGAAUCCAAUCCGGUGGCGAUGCAGAUGGCAAUGUUGCCAGCUCUCUGGCUGACGUCUCGCAUGUUGUAGUGGACGAAGUUCACGAGCGAAGUCUCGACACCGACUUCCUCCUUGCGCUGCUUCGUGAUGUGCUGCGUUACCGCAAGGAUCUGAAGGUUAUUCUGAUGUCUGCUACCCUCGACGCAAAUAUUUUCAUGGACUACUUCGGUGGCUCCAAGUCCGUUGGUCUAGUCAAUAUCUCCGGGCGUACAUUCCCGGUGCAGGAUUACUACUUGGACGAUGUGAUCCGAGACACAGGCUUUGCUCCUGAGUUGAGUGAAAACUUUGACGGUGAAGAUGAUGCUCUUCAAGGGGAAGCGUCAUUGGGCAAGGCACUUCGAAGUGUCGGGAUGGGCAUCAACUAUGAUUUGAUCGCCUCCACUGUUCAAUACAUUGAUGCUCAACUAGGCGAUCAACCAGGAGGUAUCCUGAUCUUCUUACCCGAGGAUUCCCAACACACAUCCCCUCCCCUCCACGCAUCUCUCCUCCCAGCUGAACAGCGCCGAGUCUUCCAAAGUCCACCCAGAGGCAAGCGCAAGGUCAUCGCCGCUACUAACGUUGCGGAAACGUCCAUCACCAUCGAAGACGUAGUCGCCGUCAUCGAUACUGGUCGUGUCAAGGAAACCAGCUACGACCCGAAGGACAACAUGGUCCGACUUCAAGAAGUCUGGGCAUCGCAGGCAGCGUGCAAACAGCGCCGUGGUCGUGCAGGUCGUGUCCGCGCUGGUAUAUGCUACAAACUAUACACCCGCAAGGCCGAAUCCAACAUGGCGCAACGGCCAGACCCCGAGAUCCGCCGUGUGCCACUGGAACAGCUCUGUCUAUCUGUCAAAUCCAUGAAAGGCAUUGACGACGUGGCAAAUUUCCUAGCAAAUACAAUAACCCCACCGGAAAGCAUAGCCGUUGAAGGCGCCCUCAGUUUCCUCCACCGUGUCGGUGCCCUAGACCACGACCGCCUCACAGCGCUGGGCCGCUACCUCUCCAUGAUCCCAGCCGACCUGCGCUGCGGGAAGCUCAUGAUUUACGGCUCCAUCUUUGGCUGCAUGGAGUCUUGUCUCACUGUCGCGGCCAUCCUAACCGUGAAGAGUCCAUUCGUCUCGCCGCGCGAAAAACGCGAGGAAGCCGACGCCGCAAAGGCUGCUUUCUCCCGGCCUGGGGAUGGAGACUUGCUCACCGACCUUGCCGCCUAUCAGUCAUGGACCGAACGAGCGCGAACUACCGGUCAUUGGCAGUCGCAGUCCUGGUGUGGCGCAAACUUCCUUUCUCACCAGACACUACGCGAUAUCGCAUCCAACAGAGCACAGUUCGUGACCUCGCUCAAGGACGCGGGCGUUCUCCCCGUGGACUACAGCGAAGCCGCGACGGCGCUCAACCGCAACGGAGCGAACAAGAAUCUCCUUCGCGCAUUGAUUGCAGGCGCAUUCCAGCCACAGGUUGCACAGAUUUCCUUCCCGGAUAAGAAAUUCGCCAGCUCGGUCACUGGUACUGUGGAAGUCGACCCCGAUGCGCGGACAAUCAAAUACUUCAACCAAGAAAAUGGACGAGUCUUUAUCCAUCCCAGCUCGAUCUUAUUCUCUGCACAGGGUUACCCCAACGCAGCAGCUUACCUGGCUUAUUUCACAAAGAUGGCUACAAGCAAGGUCUUCAUUCGCGAUCUUACUCCAUUCAACGCGUACUCCCUCCUUCUCUUCUGCGGCUCAAUUACCCUCGAUACCGUGGGCCGUGGUUUAAUCGUAGACGGCUGGCUCCGACUACGUGGAUGGGCUCGCAUUGGUGUCUUGGUAUCCCGGUUGCGGACGAUGCUAGACGAAGCGCUUCAGGCGCGCAUUGAUAAUCCAGCGUUGGGAUCAGACGGUGGAGCUGGGGAUCGGGUCAUUGAGGCUGUGAAGAAGCUGAUUGAGCUGAAUGGGCUUGAUCAGUAA